ACUCUACCAAUACUAAUAAUUUUGCUGAAUCAUUCAAUGCAUGGAUUGUGGAAGCCAGAACUAAACCUGUUGUCGACUUAAUUGACUUGAUUCGUGGCAAACUCAUGGAGCAAAGGAGCGCACAUAAGAUGACGAGUUUGACAUGGCACCGUGAAUUAGUACUUCAUGCAGAAGAAUACAUUAGAGAAAUUACUACUAGAAAAGAACAAUUAUUAGUUCGACAGUCUAGUUUGUACAUGGCCGAAGUUGAAUCCCUCCAUUCAAGACAUAUUGUUGAUGUCGAGAACAGAGACUGCACUUGUAAUGUUUGGCAAUUAACAGGACUUCCUUGCAUUCAUGCCAUAGCUUUCAUUGGGAUGAAGGAGCAUCCGUUGUGGCAUACGUAUGUUAAUGAUUACUACUACGUUUACAGGUACCGGAUGGCGUACGAUGGAGCAAUCGCCACUAUACCUGGGAAGGAUCAGUGGCAAGUAGUUAAUGAUGUGGUAGAGCUUGGAGUACCAAAUACAUGUAGACCUAGAGGAAGACCCAAAAGAAAAAGAUUGCCUAAUUUUUUGGAAAAGGAUAAGAAGGUCCAUAACUGCAGCAGAUGUGGUCUUUGGGGUCAUCAUCGAAGUACAUGCAAUAAUCCAUUAAGGAGUACCAUUGAUGACGCAUUAUUAUCACAAGUGGGCCAACCAAAACAAGCUAAAUUGCCAAGUCGACGGACUCCACAAGACUUCAGUGAGGGUUGUGAAAAUGAUUGUUCGUAUGUUGAAGGUCUCUAAGUUAUGGGAGGUUAUGCGAAGACCGCAUAUGAUUUUUUU